AUGAAGUACAGAUGUUUUGAAGAAAUUUAUUCAGAAUAUAAUAUAAAUGAAAAUGUAAGUUUUUCAAGUGAUGAAACUGUAGAUACAACAUUAAUAAAAGGAAAACAUGAUGUUAAACAAAAUAAAUGGGAAAAUAAGGAAUUUUCUAUUUCGAAAGAUUUAAGAAUAAAAAAUACGAAGAAUAACUUAAAUGAAGAGUUGUCUAUUUUUGAAGGUUUUAAAAUAAUCUUAUAUGGUUGUAUGGGAAUAAGAACAUAUAAAAUAUUUUGCUACAUAUAA